UAGCCGUUAUUUGGCAGUCCUUUUAAAGCCCAAGAGAAGUUUUUUGUGUGUACCGAGCACUUGUUUGUGUGCUGUCUUUGUGAGUGCUUGUGGUUGAGUAUUCUCUGGCUUAACCAUGUCUGGAGUUGUUUUGGGUCUCUGUGUGGUGGUGUUGUUGAUUAGUGUCUCUUGCUCAGGACAAACACUUGACUGUUUUCAAUGUGAACUUGGAUUCUGGGACAUGUGCCACACUACCAAAACAAAUUGUAGUGCUGGGGAGCAGUGUUUUGUUGGCAUUGGUGUGGCAGCAUCUGUCCUGAAAAUCAAGAUGAUGGGCUGCCUUGCUAAUGACCACUGCAACAAGACUACUAUCGUGACUUUUCCUGCAAAUAAAACUCUCUACAAAAUGACACGGACUUGCUGUGGUGAAAACUACUGUAAUGGAGGCCCUGAAGUCCUAAUGGCAUCACUUACUCUGAUGGCACUAGUUAUUGCUCAGAUAAUGGGUAUAAACUUAUAAUUCAUGCUGUUAAAUUGUUUAAUUUUUGCUUGAGAUUUACAGGGUGGGUCUGCUUACUGGGGAGGUUUAAGAAGCACCGAGCACUCUGGGGAAUUCAUGAAAUCUUAUUGAAACUUAACAACUUGAAAUGGAGUGUAAAUCUGUUUUAUGAAAGAUUUUGAUCUGUAUUUUGGCUAUAAAAUAAAAUGUAUGUGUCCAUA